CAACAGGUCUUGCUCUGGACAGUUACAGUGUCUGCUGUUCUGCAAAAAUAAUUUUCGUCACAUCAACAGAGCGCCUAUUCGAUUUAGGGUAUCUGGUAUGUUUUAUUGAUCUCAAGUUCUAAAUCCACGCAGGCCAAAGACAGCAUGAUUCGAGGACUGAUUCAUCACGCAAAGAAACACCGUGCACUUAUUCCGCAGUUUUUCUUCAUCGCGUUGGGGAUGGGCGGGGCCUCUCUCUACCUGGUUCGUCUCGCAUGCGGUCCCCACGUCACCUGGAACAAGAAUAAUCCUGAACCCUGGAAUAAUCUGAGCCCAGCCUAUCAGUAUAAGUUUGUGGCCAUCAAAACCGACUACAAGAACCUGAAGAAGGAGGGGCCAGAUUUCUGAGGGGCCAGAUUUCUGAGGGUCCCUCUGCUUCACGCCCACGCCCUCCAGUCCCGCCUCUCUCUGAACUCUGCAGCUCAGUGGCUUUCAAACUCAGUCCAGUAGACCCAUAUGUGUGCUGGUUUCUGUUCUGUUGUGAAGGAUUCUUUACCGUCUUAUUCAUCAUCUAUACUUAUCAUGGUAGUCCUCUGUUCACAUUGUAUUAUGAAGCCAAUGAUUCGGUGAAGGGAGGUAAAUCGUUUUCAGUGAUACAGUCAAAGACUGGGGUGGAUGGAGAAACCAGAGUUUGGAAAGCACUGCUGUAGUGUCUCAGCGUCUCUGCAUCUCGGGUGUGAAGGGCGUGAGGGUGGCAGAGCUGCAGGAUGAGGGGGGAUUUCACUCUGACUCACCUGAGCAGUAUACAGGUGAGGGCUCACCUGAGCAGCAUCCAGCUCAGCCCGACCCCCUGACCCCCCAACCCCCCAACCCCCCAACCCUCUGCAGAUUAAGCCCAGUGGAGAAGGUACUAACUGGAGAUCAGCUGAGCAAGUCAGACAGUCAGACAGACUGGAGAGGCGGGGUUUAAUGAUGAAAGUAUGUGAAUGUGCAGGUGUGUCUGUGCAGGUAUCUGUUACAUAUGCACACAAACACACACGCACACACUCACUCACACGCACACAUGCACACACACACACACACUCUGACACGCACACACAUGCACACACUCACACGCACACUAACACGCACACACACACACAUACACACACUCACUCACACACGCACACACACACACUCACACACACACACUCACGCACACACACACACACACACAGGCAGACCCUGUCACAGUUGUUGUGGAUCUGUGGAUGGGCAGUGUACCAUGCUGUCAGGCUGUGUGUUCUGGAUUCUCCGUGUCAGCUGUUCCUCUGUCUGCGCAAUCUGCGCUCUCUGCUUCCUCUCCUCUGUGUCUCCAUGGUGAUCCACUACACCUUCAUAAUAAAGACAUGUGCAUAUA